AUGGACGUCGUGGCAGAACCUUCGAAGAUCUACCUGCUAGACCUCGUGAGUUUUGGAUAUGAAAGCGACGGGGUUAGCAGCCGCGGCCUGGUAGUACCGGACACCUGGGUGCACAACGACUCGCUCCCUGUCGGGACCGUCGCGAUUCUCUGCGUCGACGGCUCUGUGGUGACCAGGAAAGCCUGCGACGUCAACGUCGUCGACAGAAGCUACUUCUACCCCGGCGAGGUCGUCGGAUCCGCGUCGGACCUCGGCGGACUCAGCCUGGGCGACUAUGUCGUAUCCGGGCCGUGGCUUGGCCGGGUCGUCGAGGUGUCCACUGAUGUCUACGUGUUGUUCGACGAUGGCGCCAUGUGUAAGGUCCCCGACGCAGAGUCCAAGAUGCUACGAUCAGUGGCCAAGGCCGACGCCCUUUACCGCCCUGAGAUGAAUAGCCCUUUUUACCCGGGGCAGCGGGUGACCGGCGACCCAUGUGCCGUCUUCAAGCCCUCCCGGUGGCUCAACGGCCAUUGGAGGCCGGAGCGUAGAGCAGGCACCGUCACCAAGCUCGAGAUGUCCGGCGCCCUCGUCCACUGGAUCGCGUCGGCGCACGGCGGCACCGACCAACAGCUUGUUCAAGAGUCUGCUCCCCCGGCCUAUCAGAACCCUGGCAAUCUGACCUUCUUUGGCUCCGCGUCUGCCUGCACCUGGGGCGUAGCCGACACGUGCUUCCUUCGAAAAACCAGUGACGACUCACUUCCCGCCGCCGGCGAAACCAACAAGGGUGCUGGCGAUGUGGCCUGUGCUCAUGAUGGCAAUCACCAGGAGGAUCAACCCGUCGCAUGUUCAGACGACGAAUGUGAGUAUGACAGUGACACGACAGAAGAAGAUGAGCGCGAAUCACCAAGCACAACUACAGUCCCCACAAAGCAGCAGCAGGAGAUGAGGUUUUACCGGAAGCAGCUAAGGAAGGAUUACUUCGAUGGGCACAGGAGGACGCGAUGCCGGGACGUCGGGAGGUACGUGGAGUUGGACCAGCUGCCCAUGAGCGUUGCUAGCACCCGCAGCACCGUCGACGUGUUGUGGCAGGACGGCACACGGCAGCUCGGUGCACCGUCGACAUCCCUCGUCCCCUUCAACAUCUUGAACGAGCAAGAGUUCCUCCCAGGCCAGUUUGUUGUCGACAACGCCUUUCCCGCGGCAAAUGCCCCUGCUGAUGCUGCCAUCGGUGUUACCGGCGACGAUGACGGCGCAGGUGCUUCUGCGACGAGGCGUGUGGGCUUCGUGACAAGCCUGGAUUGCAAGGACCAGAUGGUGCACGUCUCGUGGUUCAAAGCGGCGUCGCGCCCCGGCCAAGCAAGAGAGACCGAUUGCGAUGAUACCGUCAGCGCGUACAGCCUAGAAAGGGAGCCUGAACACUAUGCUUACUAUGGAGAUGUCGUUGUUCGCCUGCUACCAUCAGGAUCAACUGACGGCACAAGUGCACCGCCGUCACAGGGCAACCAUGAGAAGAAAGCCGAUCUUUCAUGGGUCGGGCGUGUGGUAGACCUGCCUGAUGGCUUUGUCCAAGUCAAGUGGGGUGAUGGUAGCACGUCAACGGUAAUGCUAUCUUCUGUGCUGCCCCACGAGAUCUGUGCCAUCAACGAACAGAACUACGACGACCUAGAGGCCGAAAUGGGCGAUUGGGUGGAGGACGACGGCAUUGAUCCACCCCAAGAACCGGCUACCGACUACACGGAAAAUGUUCCACAAAACCCAAUCGGCGUCGACGGCGACGAGGAUCCUGCGGGUAGAGAUGGCCCUGCCGCGAUAACAACAGGCCACCUGGGUUCUGCCGUCUCGUUUGUGAUCGGAUGGGCAAGCAAUGUGUUAGCUCGAGGUAAAAGGUGUCUAGCGGAUUGGUCUUCCCCGUCAUCAUCAGGCUCCGAGUUAUCUGCAGCCGCAGAGAAUGUGGGAGCUCCCGAGACGGUACCUGGUGGUGGUGACCAUCCUAGGGAUGGCGCCGCAAGGGAGGUCGUCGACGCAGACGAUUCUGCCAGUGAGGGGAAGGAGGCUGCAGAUGCUAACGGCAAUGAGGAGUCAUUCCAUUUUCUGCAUUUUGACGUAGGAGAUAGCCCUCCGGAUCAUCAUUACCUUGACACCGCGGACCAGGGCGACUGCCGUGGAAAGUGGGUCAAGAUAGUGCAGAGAGAGUGGAAAAUACUAGAGAACAACUUACCAGAUACCAUCUACGCCCGGGCAUUCGAGAACCGCAUAGAUCUGCUCCGGGCUGUCAUGGUGGGCGCUAGCGGAACACCGUAUCACGACGGGCUCUUCUUCUUCGACUUGCUGCUGCCACCGUCCUACCCAGACGCACCGCCGCAGGUGUACUAUCACUCGUUCGGGCUCCGUCUCAAUCCUAAUCUAUAUGCCUCUGGAACAGUGUGCCUCAGCCCUCUCAACACCUUUGGCGGAGAGGGCACGGAGAUCUGGUCACCAGCGACGUCGAGCCUGCUCCAGGUUCUAGUCUCCAUCCAGGGCCUCGUUCUCAACAACCAGCCCUACUACAAUGAGGCUGGGUACGAAGCUCUGGUCGGCACACCAGAGGGUUGCCGCAACGCUUUGCCGUACAACGAGAAUGCCUACCUACUCACCCUGCGAACUAUGCUCCAUCUACUGCGCCGACCACCUUUGGGGUUCGAGGAGUUUGUCAGGGACCACUUCCGCCGCCGGGGGAGGUUCAUACUUAGGGCAUGCGAGGCAUAUCUUCAAGGAUGCGACGUUGGAACGCUUUGUAGCAAGGCAUGUGCCACCAAGAGGAGUAGCGAGCGGCAGUGCUCACCUGGGUUAAGGUUCACGCUCGCCAAUCUGGUGCCAAGGCUCGUUGCGGCAUUCGUGGAGAUCGGUGCCGAGGGAUGUGUGUAA